GCCUCUCCCGCGGGGUUUGCGCACGGCCCCGCCCCGAGCCCCCGUGAGGGACAGGGCGGGAAAACCGCCCGGCCGCGCCUGAGGGACGAGGCGGGGAGAGGCUGAGGAAAGUCGCUCGGCGCUGCUUGAGGCCUCGGGGGAGGCCUGUGCUGCUGUGGAAAUCAAGGAUCUGAUGCUGGGGGUUAUCAGACAGACUGUCCUGCUCUGUUUGCUGACAAUUCCAGGCUGGUUUGAGCUGGCAGAAGAGUCUCUGCGAAAUGGCAACUGCUCAGAAGCAAAGGAAUUGCACGAGUGCAGUUGUCUUCCCUAAAAAAAUAGCCACGGAGCAGCAGUCCCUGAUGCUGGUGAAGAGGCUCCUGGCAGUGGCCGUGUCCUGCAUCACGUACCUGAGAGGAAUCUUCCCUGAAAGUGCCUAUGGAACGAGAUACAUGGAUGAUGUCUGUGUCAAAAUCCUGAGGGAAGACAAGAACUGCCCUGGCUCCAGCCAGCUGGUGAAAUGGAUGCUGGGGUGCUACGAUGCCUUGCAGAAGAAAUACGUGAGUCCUGCAGCCUCGUUUCAGGGGGGUGGGAAGCUCAGGCAGAUUGUCCUCGCAGUCUACACCCAGCCAGAAGAUCCUCAGACGGUCACCGAGUGUUACCACUUCAAGUUCAAGUACACCCAGCACGGGCCGCUCCUGGAUUUCGGCAGGGAUCCCUGUGGCUCUCCCAUCCCGUGUCUGGACACAAGGAAAGCCAGCAUCCUGCUCAUCCGCAAGAUCUUCGUGCUGAUGCAGAACCUGAGCCCGCUGCCCAGCGACGUCUGCCUCACCAUGAAGCUGCUCUACUACGACGAGGUGACCCCCCCCGAUUACCAACCCCCGGGCUUCAGGGAGGCCAAGUGUGAGGGGCUGGUGUUCAACGAGGAGCCCACCCACCUCAACGUGGGGGAGGUGCCCACCCCCUUCCACCUGCUCAAACUGAAGAUCACCACCGAGAAACAGCGCAUGGAACACGUGGGCAGAGACAUCCUGGAGCAAGGGAAGGGGGAGGAGUCCCUCCAGCCGGGAGGAGAGAUCCAGGACGUGAAUGAGGAUCCUGCCCUGGGUACCAAAGUGGGGGAUGAGAACCACGAGGAUGUUUCAGAAGCUCAAGAAACAAACUCCACCUGUGGAGAGGAAGCUGGAGGGAUCCACACUCCAAAUGUUUCUAAUCCUCAGGUGGAUCAUUUGGCCCAAAAAACGUCUGAGCUGGUUGUGUCGGAGAGCAGGACGAGGAGUGGGAAGAUAUUUCAGAGCUGCCUUGUGCACCAGGCCGAGCUCUCCUCCAGCCAGGACGUUCUGCCCAAGAGGAGGAAGCUCAGCGAGCCCAAGGAGCGCUUUUAGCUGCCAAACCCUCCGGAAUUCUCCUCCCCUCCCCUCCCACGUGCUCGUUCCGUGCUCCUGUUGGUUCCCCGGAGCCGUUCUGCUCCCUCCGCAGUUCCCAGCGUGUUUUCAGGGAAGGGGAGGCCGGGAAUCCCAGCUGGAGAAUUCAGGGGUUGGCUCCGGGCAUGUCCAGGUCCUGAUGGUGAUGGAGCAAAGCUCAUUCCCACGGAGCCUUUGGAACUUACCCUGCCCCCAAACCUGCCCUGUCCUGGAGGUGAUUCCCGGAGCUUUCUGGCUGUUCCCGUGUUUGCUUUUCCUGCCGGGACACUUGGAGGGUUUGAUGAGUUGUUUGUGUUUCUUCCAGACUGAAGGCACCACACUCCGGUGGAAAACCGGCCUUCUCCAUGAGUUUAAUUCCAAAUUCCCUGCCAGAAAAUGCAGGGAUUUCUGCUGCCUUUAAUUCCAAAUUCCCUGCCAGAAAAUGCAGGGAUUUCUGCUGCCUUUAAUUCCAAAUUCCCUGCCAGAAACCAGGAAUUUCUGCUGCCUUUAAUUCCAAAUUCCCUGCCAGAAACCAGGAAUUUCUGCUGCCUUUAAUUCCAGAUUCCCUGCCAGAAAACGCAGGGAUUUCUGCUGCCUUUGACUCCAGAUUCCCUGCCGGAAUGCAGGGGUUUCUCCUGCCCUGUAUCCAUGUGCAAUUCCAAAGUGCAGCUUCUCUUCCAGCGUGUGAGUGUUGGGAGGACCUGGAAGUGCUUGAGCGGUUAAUUAAUUACUGGAAGGACUUACACGGUUAAUUGCAGGAGCUGGAGGCGGUGCCAGUUCCCUUUCCAAGGAAAAGGCGCUAAUUUCCCGGGAAGGGGAGGGAAUGGGAGGGAAGCCUUUCCCCCCCCGCGCAGACGGGGAGAGCUGGAGGUUUCCUGCGGUUGGAGUUUGAAAUUGGGAAUGUCCGUUUGUCGUUCCGUCAUUAAACA